GUGAUGUGACUGGACCAGAGCAACUCGGUGUGAUGAUCAAGUGAACCAGAAAAUGUCAACAUGGUGGGCAGUGUCGAGAGUGUGAAUUUGGCAUUUCCCCAGAAUUGUUGGAUGGGCAUCAGCACCUGAUUGGCCAGAUGCCCUCCACCUCGUGGUCUGAAAACAGAAAGCAGCUCUCUCAUCAAGGCUCUUGAAAAAUCACACAAUGCCACCGAAUCGUCCGGUGACAGUCUGACAGAUUCCCAAAUAUCACAACAUUCUCUCGCAACAUUGCCUGUGCUGCCCGGCCCAGCCAUUGUCCCAGAUUCCACCAUCGCCCCCACGAAAUUUGUCACCGGACCGCUUCAUCGUAGACAAGGCCUGUCCCGCUCGUCUCCUGGGGACCCCUGGCCCGUCACUGCCCAGUGAUCUGGGGCCGAAAGAGGGGCACUCCUCACACUGUGUUGCAAAGACAGGUUCAAUUGACGUUUGCAUCAUGGGUGUUCACCCACCCCACGAAAGCGCCCAGGUGAAACCCUCCUCCUCCCCUCUCACCCAUCCAGUGACCUACAAGAACACAGCCCGCCCAAUUCCCUGACAUUCUCUUCGCCCUCUUGCCCUUCUCGCCAACCUGACCCUUCCAGCCUCCUGUCCAGUCUUCGUCGUCUCACCAGCACACCAAAUUCUGAUCUCAACAUCGCUCCAUCCGCUCUUGGGGAUCCAAGGUCUAACCCUGCUCUCGUCGACCUGAGCCCGCGCUGGCGGGAAACACACUUGGACCGGGGAUCUUUGUCCUCUCGAUACACUUCCCCGUCUUUGCACCACACCCACCGACGGUGAAAGACGAUUGGUCAAGGCCAACAAGCUCACCCAGCUCCGUCCAUCUCCGCUCUCGGCAGCAGCCUUGAAGGACUCGGCGCUGGUCCACGCGCAAGCUGAAGCGCCCAGGAAUUGGUCAAAGGAGUCAUCCGACACGCAAAAGUAUCUGAUAAUUAGCCCAAAGAAUCAAGUCUUUUAAAGCUCUGCCUUUGGUCGGUCGUCUCACACACUCAAGCUUCGCCUGUGCCGUCUUUUUUCGGUUCAAAGACAUUCAGACAGCUCUUCCAAGCUACACUACCACCUAUCUUCAUACCUACACUUACACAAGACACACACACCACCACGCGAGUUUCCACUUGUGUUCCCAUCAACUCAACCGUCACUUCUCUUCUGUAACAGACAUCCCGACUACACAAGCGCGGGGUAAAAUCCUGCUCGUUUGGCUACCCGAUUUGCACGCCAAGUCCACGAGUUGUCGCGACACACAACGUUGUGGCCCGUCAGCAGCACCGCAACGCAACACAGACUCACUGCUGGGCGGCAACCCGAGUCAAGCCCUGUUAUUAGACACCUUCCCCGAAGGUUCAGCGAUUACAGACUACUGGCCCAAGAAUCCAACUAUCGAGUGGCCCGGCAUAAUACCAAGGGACCAUCACAGUCCACAAAAGGCCGCCAGCAACCGACAGCACCGACAAAGAGGGAAAAGAAAAAAAAAAAAAUCUCUUCUGCAGCAUACAUAUUCGCCACCGCACGACACACCCCUUUGCUGGGCUCCAAUUGCGAGGAAAACUUUUUCUUGUUUGGACGACAAAUUGCCGAGUUCAAAAGGAUCAUCUUUUCGUCGCUCAAUUGUUACCCAACCCCCAACCCCUAGCUGUCCACACAGGCUUUAUCCCGGGUUCUUCAGUUCUCGCUCUCUGAAGCUUCAAAUUCCCCGCCUCCCCCCGUCUGGGCCAUCUCCAUCCCCACACUUGGACCCCAAGUGACUUUGGACGAGCUACAGCCAACCAGCAUUCCCUGGCCUCGACGCCCUGCGCUUUCACCUCGAGCUCCCCUGAGCUGCACCAAUCACAAGGCUCGUCUCCAUGCAUCACCACCGUCGAAAGUCGGGCAACACGUCCAUGACCGACGUCCGCAAAGCAACAGUCGGUGCAUCAGACCCCAACUACAGGAAGCACUCAUCCAGACCUACCACCAUGACGAGAAGAAUCACACCACAAAGCGCUCCAAAGCUGGGCAGGAGUCGCGAGGACAGAGAGAGGGAACUGGACGAUGAGCGCUGGUGGGAUGAGGAGCGGGAGAGCUUCCCGCAGUACUGCAUGGUGUGCGAGAAGCAGUUCAUUCCAGCCGACGACCAGAACCUCUACUGCUCAGAAACAUGCCGGUACGAUGACCAGGUUAGCGCCUCGACGGCGCCGAGCCGUGGAAGUCACCCACCUACUCAGUACCCUUUCUACUCGGGAGCUCCAGAGCCUAGAGAUAUCGUGCCCCGCGCCUCGCCUUCAAGGCCUAGCUCUACGCACUUUUCCCCGCCCUCAACGGCCGUAAAUGCGCUCAAGGCGUCACUAUACAUCCGCCCACCGAGUCCCACGUCACCCAUGAUGGGUACCUCCCACAGCGGUGUCUGGUCGUUUGGCAGGGGCACUGCUACAAGCCCAGACAACUCGUACACGAAACCCACCUCGAGUUACUUUUCGACCACUUACGACGGGGCGUACUACGAUCACUACGGCUCCUCGGUUGACAGACCCCUUCCGUCACGCAGGCCUGGUGUUUACUCCAGACCAAAGAGCAUCGAACUCGUCACACCCAUGCUCGCCUCCGGGAGGUAGUUCUCCCGCAUUGAAAGUCAUGCGAGGAGUCGGAUGCGGGUAGCCUCACAUGGCAAUGCAGCGAUGCUGUCGGAAAGGGCAACGCUGAUUGCAGUCGUUGGGACCCAGGGACGCAAAGUCAAGAGCUGUCUUGAUUAGGAAAAGGACUCUUCUGAUCCUUCUUUAUCUCUCUCCAUGUGGGGGUUUGGUUGGCCGAGCUGUUGCAGUGCAACAUUCCGCGCGGGGUGCUGAACGGCACAGAUCUGCCCUCUCUUGUGUGCUGGCUGUGCUUCAGCAGUAGCAGCAGCAGCAGCAGCAGCAGCAUCACACCUCCCAAACCCAGCUGCCACUCAUGCAGCUUUCCGGAUCUUUUGAUUUCUCGGUACCCCACACACGGGUAAGCCGGUUCAGCAUGGGGAGCGGCGGGGAUGCCAUCCUCAGGCUUUCCACAUCUGUCUUGGCACAUGACAGGCCAGCAUCGAAAAAGAGGCGUUUUCUGGGGCACACCUGCAUUUCUUAGCGCGGGGUUGGUCCCUCGGCUGGGCACGCGCUGUACAGGGGAAGAGGGAGGGAGGGAUUGGCGGUUGCCAUGGACUUGGUUAACGUCCCACAUCAUCACAAACCACCCCCCCUUCUUGGUGCCUUUCUUCAUUGUCACUUACUACUAAUUUUGUUUUUCAUGUUUGGGAUAUGUGUUUUCAACAAAAAGCUUAGCGGCAUGGGCGAGGGUUUAUCUGAAGACAAUAGAUGGGAAAAAAGCAACUUUUUUUUAUUCCUUGGAGGAUGACAAGUCAUGGAGAGGAGGAGGACUAUUAUUCGUUUCGGGGGGUCUCGAGGAGGACAUCUGAGCUUACUACUCUACUUUUAGCAUUUAUAACUUUCUUGGAGGUGGCGGCAUAUUAUUGGAGAUUAUUGGCAAAGGAAACACAGGCCUCUUUUUUAUUUUUCUCUUGCUGUCUGAAAUGUAUAUACCUAACUUUGUCACGUCUUUUUUAUUUUACUCUUGGCAUGAACGGAGCUUUCUUCUUUUUAUCACGAUGG